AUGGUGGCCUCCGGUCUGUCUCUGAUGAUGGAUUCAAGAGAGAAUCCGAAACGUCAGGCGAAUAAGGCCAUUGCUCCAGCGAUCGCUUCUUCUGAUCAACUAUUUCCUGGAACUCGCAUCUUCGCUUGUGUCGGCAAUUUGUUUGGGCGCGACGCGCUCCGAUCGGCCCGACGAUGGGAAACUUUCGCCUUUCGAGAGGCCUCUACUUACGCGCAAAUCCGGUUUCUGCACAGGUGUCUCGAUAACAACGUGUUGCCGAAGUGUGUUUCAUACAAACCUCCGGUAAACACGGAGCAAGCGAGACGCGCAGUAUUUCGGCAAGGAAGACGUAUGAUCCGCGUGCUCCUUCAAGAUUGCCAUGCGAGACUACGCAAAUACCGUCAGAGUAUUGACCAAGAGAAGGUUAGAUGCUGCGAGUUCAUGGGCGAGAACGGCACAAAUCUGCUUCAGCAGAAAGUGACUGAACGAGCCCGCGAGCAGAGAGCGACACGCGAUGCAGCACUGGGGAACAAAUUCCACAAACUGCCUGAUCCAACGUCAUCCAGAGGCGGCACACUGGUACACAACCUGUCGUCAAAGGAACUGACGAAGGAGCAAGUACAGGUUUUACGGCACGAAGCCUCAUUCAACACAGCUGACGCCAAACCUGUCAACAUGAUUGCAGCAGUGGAAUCGGUCAUUAAUCAGACGGAAGCGGCGGAGGAGACGAAGAACCUUAUCCGAUACCAAGUUUCGUCCCUCCUUUUGACUCACAAGCCGCGCGAAACACUCACAAAGGUCGAACGCGAUGCACUAAGAGAACUCAAGGCCGACAAGGACAUCGUCAUAGUGCCCGCGGACAAGGGGCGUUCCACCGUCGUACUGGACAGAACAGACUACCUUCAGAAGGCUAAAAACCUACUGGAGGAGGAGAAAAAAGACUAA